AGGAGAGGAAGUAACUGUUAGGAUGCGAACAGAGACCAGGGUAGGUCACUUGUCGAUGGGGUUGGUAACGGCUCAAGACGUCAUUGUCCACAUCUCGUUGCUCGUCUUCUCCGAGAUGCUGUACACUGGCCUGCAGGGCGAGAAGCAAGAGCGACGGAAGAACAAGUCGUUCGCGACCUUGAGGACAGCACAAGCAGCGCUGGCUAUCGCCGGCAGGAAGGUGAGGGUGAGGGGAAGGAGAUGCUGCUCUUCCCAAGAGGCAGAGAAGAUGGACCAGAGCCUAGACAACCAUGUUGCCCUGGAAGACUCAGACUCCGAGGAAGCUCUGACCGAGGACAAGCUUGCUGUGGAUGAAUCCCUUACGAAGUCUGCAACCUCCGACCCUUCAGUGAUCGUACAGGACGACUUGGGAAAGCUCUUUGGGUACCUAGCUAGCGAAUAUGAUCUCCUGCUUUGGAUCCCCAAACUCAAUUACAAGUUGCAGGCACCUCCAAGCAUGUCGAUCAUGGAUUGGUUUGGCCUUUGCGCCAUCAUGGUAUUCUUUGGGGCAGAAGUUCUCUUGCGAAAGCAGGGGAACGAACCCAGUCGGAGGGAGGUCGUCACGAUUCACAAUCGAGCUUUUAGUCUGCCUCGUUCUCGAUUAUGUGCAGGGAUUAUACUAUGAGCCAUG